UUUCCUCGCAACGACUUCCGGUUUUAUAAGGCUCGCUAGCUUGGCGAAACAGCAGUUUACGGCAAAAUGGACCACUUUAUAACACGAAGUACAGAGUAGAUCGGCCGGUCUGUCCUGCUGCUCAACAAUGGACACGGAUUUAGUCGAUUGUCUUGUGUUAUUAAUCCGUCCGAUCGGCGCGUCCAGCUACUUAGUCCGGCCGGCUAACUGGUUUAAUAAAGCCUGACCCAGUGUUCGGCUGACUGACGACAGAGACAUGUCAUGAGGAGAUAAUACCUAACUUAUUUCCUAAAAGGUUUUACAGGUUGACACGUUGAUCACGGGAGGCAGUAUGAACAGGAACUUCCGGGAGCUGUUGGAUUUAUUCGUUGUUUAAUUGGCUUCGGAUUGUGUGGAUGCGAUCGUGCCCACAACCACAAUGCCGGGUGUGCUGUUCUCGCUGAUGCUGCUCGGAGGUCUGUGCGGCCUCGGACAGGCCAUGUCACGGGAGGAGAAGAGCAAGUUGAGGAACCAAGUGGUUGAGAUGUUUGACCAUGCAUAUCAGAAUUAUAUGGAUCAUGCGUACCCAGCAGAUGAGCUGAUGCCACUAACGUGCAGAGGAAGAGUCCGUGGGCUUGAACCCAGCCGAGGAGACGUAGACGACGCUCUGGGGAAGUUCUCUUUGACCCUCAUAGACACACUGGAUACUCUGGUGCUGUUGAACAAGACAACAGAGUUUGACGUUGCCGUGAGAAGAGUGCUGACGGAUGUGAGGCUGGACAACGACAUCGUGGUGUCGGUCUUCGAAACCAACAUACGUGUCCUCGGAGGUCUGUUGGGGGGGCAUUCCAUGGCUGUGAUGCUGAGAGACGGCGGUCAGCACAUGCAGUGGUACCAGGACGAGCUCCUGCAUAUGGCCAAAGACCUGGGCCUCCGACUGCUGCCAGCCUUCAACACCAGUAGUGGCCUUCCGUAUCCCAGGGUUAACCUGAAGUUUGGCGUCAGGGGUCCUGAGACGAGAACGGGCACAGAAACAGACACCUGCACUGCGUGUGCGGGAACCAUGAUCCUGGAGUUUGCCGCCUUAAGUCGCUUCACUGGAGAUCCUGUGUUUGAGGCCCAUGCCCGGAGAGCUCUGGACUUUCUGUGGGAGAAAAGACAGAGACACAGCAAUCUGGUGGGAACCACCAUCAACAUCCACUCUGGAGAGUGGGUUCGCAGGGACAGCGGAGUGGGAGCGGGAAUUGACUCGUACUACGAGUACCUGCUAAAGGCUUACAUCCUCCUGGGAGAUGACCUGUUUCUGCAGCGGUUCAAUAUUCACUAUGCAUCUAUAAUGAAGUACAUAAGCCAGCCGCCGCUGCUGCUGGACGUCCACAUCCACAAACCUCUGCUUCCCGCUCGCACCUGGAUGGACUCUCUGCUGGCCUUCUUCCCUGGACUGCAGGUGUUGAAGGGAGACAUCCGUCCCGCCAUCGAGACUCAUGAGAUGCUGUACCAAGUUACGAAGAAGCACAACUUCCUCCCGGAGGCCUUCACCACUGAUUUCAGGGUACACUGGGCCCAACAUCCCCUGAGGCCUGAGUUUGCAGAGAGCACCUAUUUCCUUUACAAGGCUACAGGUGACCCGUAUUACCUGGAGGCCGGUCGCACCAUCCUGGACAACCUCAACCGCUUUGCCCGUGUUCCCUGCGGCUUCGCCGCCAUGAAGGACGUGCGCACGGGGAGCCACGAGGACAGGAUGGACUCGUUCUUCCUCGCCGAGAUGUUCAAGUACCUGUUCCUGCUGUUUGCUGAUGCAGAGGAUCUAACGUUUGACGUGGAGGACUACAUCUUCACAACCGAGGCACACCUGCUGCCGCUGUCCCUCUCCACAGCCCCUCACUCUUCAUCCAUCCCCUCCAACACAACGUCCAAGGAGGAGCUGGACGACUCAAACUUCGAUUGGACCUGCCCUAACACCCGCCUCCUGUUUCCUGACCCCGCCUUCCCCCGUAAGCUGAGAGACCCGAUCCGCAGCGCUGUGGACAAGAGCUGCCCCCGGCCCCCUCCUUACCGGGAGCCCGGCAUGGGGCAUCCUCCACUGAGGGCUCAGGACUUCAUGGCAAACAACCCGGAACAUCUGGAGCUGCUGAGGAGAAUGGGAGUCAGUCUCAUCCACCUGAAAGACGGCCGCGUGCAGCUGGUCCAGCACGCGACACAGGCGGUAAGUGCGGUGGCGGCGGAGGACGGCGUGCGCUUCAUGCAGGAGAUGAUGGAGCUGUCCAGCCAGCAGCAGAAAGAGCAGCUGCCCCCCCGAGCCAUUCAGAUCGUCUCCCACCCGUUCUUUGGCAGGGUCGUUCUGACCGCCGGCCCGGCUCAGUUUGGCCUGGACCUGUCCAAAAGUUCCACAGGGGUUCGAGGCUUUGCCACCGUGGCCGAACCCUACAGCGGCUGCAGCGAGAUCACCAACGCCGAGUACGUCCGGGGCCACAUCGCCCUGCUUCAGAGGGGGCAGUGCAUGUUCGCCGAGAAGGCCCGGCACAUCCAGAAGGCCGGCGCCAUCGGAGGCAUCGUCAUCGACGACAACGAGGGCAGCAGCAGCGACACGGCUCCCCUCUUCCAGAUGGCGGGAGACGGCCGCAGCACGGACGACAUCCCCAUGCCCCUCCUCUUCCUCUUCCACAAGGAGGGCAACAUCCUGUUGGAGGCGCUGAAGGAGUACAGGGAGGUGGAGGUGCUGCUGAGCGACAAAGCCCGGGACAGAGCCACCAUAUUCAAAGGUAAACCUCUUCCUGGCAGCGUGAUUGAGGGCUGUGGGGACGAACCAGAGGCGGAGGCGGGCUGCUUAACCGAGGCAACGACCCCCACCUCUUUCGAACCCAUCGGCCAAUCGCAAUCGAGCACGUCGGAGCGAGACCAGCUCAGCCAAUCGCAGCAGGACGUUGAGCAAGACACGAGUCCCGCGGAGGAAGCCCGACCGCUGGGGGAAGAGGAAGAGGAGGAGGAGGAAGAGGAAGAGGCCGCCGGUGCCGCGGAGGAUGCCACAUCCCUGGAAGAGUACGCCACCGACGGCGCGGACUUGGCUCCGCCCAUAGAGGAGAGAGACUCGGAGGACAGGGAGGAGCCCGAGGGCGACACGGACUCAGGCAGCCAGCAGGUGGACGAGCUGCUGGCGGAUUGGCGGGAAGACUUGGAGGCGUUCCAGCAGAUGGAGAAGGACGAGCUCUGACAGCCGCCGAGGCGCAGGGUCGCGUUUUAUCCCCCCCGAGAGAGAGGG